AUGGCAGCUUCCGCUGCCGUGCGGUGCCUCGUCGUACUCGGCGUCGCCCGCUGCGGCCCCGGCGGCGGCGGGCGCCGCGGCGGCCGCGGCGGCGGCGGCGCCGCCGCGGGCGGCGGCGCGAAGCCGCAACAAAAAAACGUCGUCAACAUCGACGACUACCCCGGGGGCUACGUCGUCGCGUCGCAGCGGCCGCAGCAGGGCGUCUUCGCCGACCGCGAGGUGCUGCCCUUCUCGAGCGACGAGGAGAAGCAGAAAUGGUGCGACCUGCACUGGAAGGCCCACGGCAAGACCGGCGGCGCGAAGCAGGGCCAGCGGUGGGCCCGGGUCUGCCCCGCGCCCGAGGGCCACGGCCCCAAGUUCCAGCCCUGGCGCGACGCGAACCGCUGGAGCGGCUGCGCGGCGAAGCAGUUCGUCGGCCGCGUGUCCGGGCCCGGCGCCUACGUCGAGCUCGGCCACAACGGGCCCGGGAGCUGCGUCGUCGGCGACGGCGACCGCGCGUACCCCGUGCACCUCAAUUUGAAGCGGGACGCGCGGAACGCGCGGCCCCACCCGACGCUCGUCGACGGCCACGUCGCCCACGCCUUCGGGGUCUACCCCGACGAGGUGGCCCACAACAUCAACCAGUUCCCGCGGCUGCUGCGGAUCGCGCGCCACGUGCCCGCCAACUCCACGACGCUCCUCGUGCACGACUCGCGGCUCUGGCGCGAGUGGGUCGCCAUGCUCGCGCGGCGGCGCAUGAUCCCGGACGAGCUCAAGAUCCGCUACGUGCCCAUCCGGAAGACGGGGUCGACGAUCUUCAAGCCCAGGGAUCCGCGCGACAGCGUCUUCUUCGCCGGCGAGGCCCAGGGCAGCAAAAGGGUGAUUCAACGCGAGGCCGUGCCCAUCUUCCCGGACCACGUGUCCACGGGCUGGUACACGCUCGGCGGCGAGGAGACCUGCGCCUUCCAGCUCGCCCUGAACCGGACCUACGUGAGCCGCCUGUUGUCCGCGUGCCCGGACCCGGAGCCGAACACGCGCGAGAUCCCGCACCUCGGAGGGUCCGUGCCCGCGCGGACCGCGGCCUGCGUCGUCGAGGUGCUCAUCGUGUCGCGCCAGGACGCGCGGACGCGGUCCGUGAAGAACCACGACGCCAUGGUGAAGCGCGUGCUGGCCGCGCUCGACGGCGCGCUCGCGCCCCGCGCGUGCGCCGUGAACGUCCGCGUCUUCGUCGGCAAGGAGCACACGCUCGCGUCGAGCGCGGCGGUCUGGCGGCGGGCCCACGUCGUCAUCGCGCCCCACGGCGCGGCCCUGGCGAACGUCAUCUUCGUCCAGCCGGACACGCUGCUCGUGGAGCUCGGCUACUACGCGGGCGCCCAGGGCAAGAAGGGCCCGUCGCUCCACGAGCGCGUGGGCAAAGAGCCCUGGCCCGCGCCCUACUACUGGGCCGCCGCGGCGUCGGCGGACUCCCAGCUCUUCGCCUCCAUGGCCCAGGGGUCCUACAGCGGGCCCAUGACCGCGGACCUCGACGACGUCGCGCGCCUCAUGACCGACCGCGUCGCGCCGCGGCUGCUCGACCGGCCGGACCUCACGGCGCGCCACCUCGCGCCGCCGCCGUCGGGCGCCGCCUGCCCGCCCGCGCCGGGCUUCGCGAGCCUGCACGGGGGGGGAGACCGUCCCGGAGACGGACCCCCUAGGGCGCCCUAG